CUCACUACUCAUAGCUAGCUUUCCUUUUGAGUAACACAAGAAGUUAAUUACUACUGUCCAACCAACAUGGACUAUAGCAGACCUGAAUCAUCUGAAACUCUGAGGAACAAGUGUGCUGCAUGCUUCAGGCAGUUCAACAAGAUCGAGCACCUGGUGGAGCACAUGAGAACCUCAUACCACUCUUCUCAUGAACCGUCGUGCGGAAUCUGUAAGAAGCACUGCAGAUCCUUUGAAUCUCUCAGGGAACAUGUCAUAGGGCCAUUGCCAAAACAAGAAUGCAAGAACAUAUUUAGCAGCAGAGGGUGCAAAUUCUGCUUAUCUGUCUUUGAUAGCCCUUAUACUCUCAGGCUUCACCAGGACAGAUGCCAGCUCUCCGGCGUCACUGGAUUAAUUGGUCGGUUUAGUAACUUGGGCAUUCGUGACAAUCUGGAUCAUGGUAACUACACAAGAGGCAGUAGUGGUCAAACUGUUGCCCUUGCUUGCAAGAUGGUUGGUGGGGGAAGUGAUGGCUCCCUAGAUCUCUGCGGUAGGGUUUGUCUCACUGAUGAAUAUGAUAACAUCAUCUUCCACACUUAUGUCAAGCCACCAAUGCCAGUCACAAACUAUAGGUAUGAAACAACUGGGAUUCGUCCUGAAUACUUGAGGGACGCAAUGCCACAGAGGCAAGUGCAAAAGAAGCUACAAGACUUUUUGUGCAAUGGGGAACCAAUGUGGAAGAUUCGACCUAGAGCCGGAAAAGCUAGAAUUCUUGUGGGUCAUGGUUUGGAUCAUGAUCUCGACUCUCUGCAAAUUGAAUACCCAGCACUCAUGAUCAGGGAUACUGCAAAAUAUCCUCCACUGAUGAAAACAAGCAAGCUCAGCAACUCACUCAAGUAUCUAACACAAGCAUAUCUCGGGUAUGACAUUCAAAGUGGGAUUCAAGACCCUUUUGAGGAUUGUGUUGCAACAAUGAAGCUUUACAUGCGAAUGAGAUCCCAAGUUCACAAGAUAGAGCCCUAUCCACUUGCUACUGAUCCGCAAAACCGAAAUAAUUUUGCAUCGUGGCGGCAAAACGAGCUUGAAAGGAUGAGCCCUGAACAAAUGUUGGACAUUUCCAGGUCUGAUUUCUACUGCUGGUGCUUGGACCGCCGGGAUACAUAAUCCCCGUGCCUCAAAUUAAGGGGCGGUGCAUAAUAAAAUUAAGGAUACUAGUACUGUACACACUAUUUUGUUGCACCUAUAUAGCCACCUACUUCUCUGAUGAUUAAUUACGGUAGAUUUGAAAUAACUUCCAAGAUUGAUGGACUUCGAUCUCAUCCUACUUUAUGAGCUAGGCACAUGGGGUUAAUCAUACUCUUGGACUAUUUGUAUGCAUUAAUGUAUAAUGCUUGAUUAAUCAGGG